UUCUGGGCAAUUGAGCUGGGAUACGACGAAAUGAAUGCCACAGGUGGAACAGCCUCUGCGGCAGCUUCUACAAGCACAACUGCGAUAAGCAGGUUCGUCAAAUGUGUGGCAGUGGGAGAUGGAGCUGUUGGCAAGACUUGUCUUCUCAUCUCCUACACCAACAACACUUUUCCAACGGAUUAUGUUCCCACGGUUUUUGACAAUUUCGGUGUCAAUGUCAUGGUUGAUGGGAAGUGUGUGAAUUUGGCUUUGUGGGAUACUGCUGGACAAGAGGACUAUAACAGGCUUAGGCCCCUUAGCUAUAGAGGAGCAGAUGUCUUCCUCCUUGCAUUCUCUCUGAUAAGUAGGCCUAGUUUUGAAAACAUUUCAAAAAAGUGGGUUCCAGAGCUAAGGCAUUAUGCACCUUCAGUGCCCAUUGUUCUAGUGGGGACCAAACUGGAUUUAAGAGAAGACAAGCAGUUUAAAAGGGAUUAUCCAGGGGCAUGUACAAUAUCAACUGAGCAGGGUGAAGAGUUGAGAAAGCAAAUGGGAGCUGUGGCAUAUGUUGAGUGUAGUGCCAAAACACAGCAGAAUGUGAAAGCUGUUUUUGACGCUGCAAUUAAGGCGGUUCUGCAACCUUCAAAAUCCAAGAAACAGAGAAGAAAAUAUAAAGCAUGUCGUAUUCUCUGAUCAAAUACAUUUGAUGUUAUACUCCUCCUGCAUGUAUAGCUCUAAGAUAUGAUUCUUAAUUUCUCCAUCUUUGGAAUCCAGUCUUUGUUUUUUGUAUUAUAGUCAAUUCAUUCGAUUAUGUUUUCAAUGUUUAGAAGUGUACUAAUGUUCUAGUAGAAUCUAUGUAGUAUACCAUUGAAAUUUGUUAGCUU